AUUAAUAUUGAAUACCAAGAAUAACUCUGAGAAUAUUAAAAAAAAGUUGAUUGUAUUUUAUGUCUUAUAUAAUUAUAAUAACAAAAUAAUCUAUUAUUUAUAUUAAAAAGAUAACCAUUAUGUUAAUCUAACAUAAAUCCUACAAACACUUCUUCCUUCCUCAUCUUAGCCGCCACACUAUUCUUCCACUGACUUUUGAAGCUUUGCCACAAGCUUCAUAGACCAAACUGCUUCUCUCUUGGCCAUUUUGGGUCUCUCUUGGUUGAUUUGAGUCUUGAACGUUUCAAAGAACAACAAAUUGUUGAAUGAUUUUACUGCUACUUUUAGAGGGAAUCAGACACAGUGGUCAAGGAGUCAAAGCUAAUUUGGUUAUUGACAAAUUUAAAUUUUAAGAGAGCACUGUUUUCUUGAGAAAAUUAAGGAUGGCCGAAGGGAUUGGUAAUAAACUGAAAGGAAAACUAGUAUGUGAAAGUGGUAGCCACCAUGAAGAAAAUGAUGGUGUAGAGUUUGGGGACUUGUUAGAGAGACUGAACCUUGGUCAACGAAAGAGAAAGCUUAUCGUUCUUGCUCUUGGUGGACUGCUUUGCCAUAGGGUCUACCGUUAUGAUAGGUCUAGUGUUCCUAGAUCUCGUCUUCCUGACACAUCUUAUGGAAGCAUUUUAGUUUACAAGAGGCCUUACUGUGAAGAUUUCAUGAAGUUUUGCUUGGAUAGAUUUGAAGUGGGAAUAUGGUCCUCUGCUAGGGAAUGGUACCUGAACAAUGCAUUGGACUGCAUAAUGGAAGGAUUAAAGGGCAAGCUGCUGUUUGCAUGGGAUCAAAAUGAAUGCACUAGAUCAGGUUUCUGUACUUUGGAGAAGAAAGAUAAACCUUUAUUUUUGAAGGAUUUGAAUAAAUUGUGGCAAAACAAAUACCUUUGCAAAGGGACGUUUUCUUCAUCAAACACUCUCUUAAUAGACGACAAGCCUUAUAAAGCUCUGCUAAAUCCUUCAAACACAUCUUUAUUUAUUGAGCAUGAAUAUAAAGUUGAUGAUGUUGAUGAUAUGACUCUAGGUCCAAAUAGUGAGCUUCGUCUUUACCUGGAUGAAUUGGCAAAAGCAGCUGAUGAUAUUCCUUGUUAUGUUGAAAAACAUCCAUUUGGGCAGCCUGAUAUAACUCCACGCCAUCCGGACUGGAAUUUUUAUUCCAAGGUUGUUCGUAGUUUUGGAAAGGCCUCUUCUUGAAGCUCUUUUGACAUACAUAUAUUUACAUACAUAUAAACUCUUUCGACGUACAUAUAUUUACAUAUACAUAUGUGUGUGCCUGUAUUUUUAUUUGCACUUUAGUUUCAUAUGUUUUAUUUUUAAUUUCGUUUGUGGUUUGAAAACUGAUCAAAUGUUGAAUGUUAUGGAUUCGUAAUUGGAAGUUAUUGCUUUGUUUUCAAGAA